CAAUCACUUGGCAUCCAUUCAACAUCUGAAACUUGUUUUGUCGAUCACGAUGAAGUUCUUCCUCCCUAUUCUCCUCGCAGCUCCCGCUGUCAUGGGCCGAGCCUGCAAGGUCCGACACUCGCACUCUUCUGCGGUUGAGCCCGUCCACACUCAGUACCCUGUUCCCGAGCCCGUCAUCUCCCAGGCCCCAACGGUCGUUAGCCAGAAGUCUUCUCCCGUCGAGGUCAAGACUACAGCUUCCAAGCCCAAAACUACCAAGCCAAAGAAGGUGUCUAAGCCCAAGGCGUCCAAGCCCAAGACUACCAAGCCCAGUACCCCCAAGACAUCUACUCCCAGUACCGGCUCUGGCUCCAAGUCUACACCUAUUGGUAACGGUGCCUCUGUCUCUGGAUCUUCUACCUUCUAUGGCGGUAACCUCGCUGGUGGAAACUGCAUGUUCUCAACCUACACUCUCCCCUCUGGUAUCCUCGGAACUGCUUUCUCUGGCCAGAAGUGGGACAACGCCGCCAACUGCGGUGCCUGUAUCGAAGUCACCGGUCCUUCAGGCACCAUCAAGGCCAUGAUCGUCGACAAGUGUCCCGAAUGUGACCCCGGCCAUCUCGACCUCUUCCCCGACGCCUUCAAAGCCGUCGGCGGCACAGACGGCAUCGUCAAGACGUCGUACAAGUUCGUCGAGUGCGGCAUCACCACGCCCCUCGUGCUCCACAACAAGGAGGGCACUUCCGCCAACUGGUUCUCCAUCCAGGUCGUCAACGCCAACGAGCCCGUCAAGAGCGUGCAGGUCUCCACCGACGGCGGUAGCACCUGGAAGAGGACUGAGCGCAAGGACUACAACUUCUUCGAGAACCCCGCUGGCUUUGGAAAGACUUCUGUCGACGUCAAGGUUACUAGCAGUACUGGAAAGAGCGUCGUUGUUAAGAAUGUUGGCGUUACUGCUGGGGCUCAGUACAAGGCUGGCUCUAACUUUUAAGCUGGGUGUUGAGCUGGUGAGAGUUGUGUAUCAGAAUUAUAUGGCACGUUCAAGUGUUGGAGUAUUUGGCGGCAAGUGUAGGCUGGGCAGCUGGCUGCUUUGACUGCGAACUUGUUGAUGAGAUACUUGAGCACUGAAGGACCAUGCCACUGAAUGAUGAUGCGAGACGGGAGUAUAGUUUCUUCUUCAAGUACAUAUUAGACAUGAGGACUACCUCCAAAGGAUUGAAUCAGGGUGCAAAAAUGAGCUGGCC